UGAAAUUGCACCGGAAAGUGUAUUGGUCCACCACCAUUGCUCCUUUGGGGGAUCGUUGCGAGAAGGGUGGUUCUUCGCAUGCAGUUGCAGGCUUCACUGUUUCUCAACCUCCUACGACUUCUCUCGAAUCAGGGGCACCGACGGGGGACUGUUGGUUUGUUGCCGCCGCUCAGAGUCUCAACUCUGGUUUCUCUCAACUCAAAGUCUCAACUUUGGUCUGAACUUCUACGAUUCUACUUCAACUCCCGGAAAACAGAAAUGUCUGUGGAGGGACCUGACGAGAUCGUUUUGCAUAGAGUACAUAUACGCGAUUCCACUGCUCAUCCUCCUCUCCUGCUUUGCCUUCAAGAAACCCUCAACAGAUGCUCCAAAUCCGUCGAAACCGGAGAUUAUGACGAGUCCACAAAGGGCGUUCAAGCAGUUGUCGACUUUCUCGGUUCCGUCUGCGAUACCGCUGAAUCUGGACUAGAUAAUGGAGACGAUUCGAAGGAGAAAGAUGCAGUGGAAGUUCUUACAGAGAUCCACCGCUACAUUUCAUCUCCUUCGUUGGACCAGGCGGUUGUCGAUGCCCUAUCAUUUGAGUUGCCAAAGGCAGUGGCUAAGUUCUCUGGCAUAUCAGAUAAAUGCCGGGAGAUUGCAGGAAGUGUAAUUGAUCACCUUUUAUCGACUUGUAGUCCGAGGGAGAUGUUUUCGAUUCUAUGCGAGGCAUUAGAUUCCCCAAGUAAGAUGUUCAAGAAAGCUGCUUAUUUUUCUCCUCUUCUUAGUGGAUUUUCAAGAGUAUUUCUUUGUAUUCAGAGAUGCCACUUUGAGCAAAUAAAGGUAGCAGUCCCUGGUAUCCUCAAUGUUCUAAAAGCCAUCACUUCAGAAUCAGAUGCUGAUAAAGAUUCUGUUAAGGAUUUGAUAGUCAGAGCAAUUAGCAUUGCCACUUCCAUGCAAGCAGUUUGCCAAAAGUUGGAGGGCGGAAGAAAAGAGGAGCUUGUUGCUUUACUUGCCCUAUUUGUCCUCCAAAUUAUGGCUCUUGUUUCCAGUGGCAUAAUGGAUGAAGCUCUAAGCUGUAUUCCAUUUGUGGAACAGCUGUCCCGCUUACUUCCAUUUUGUGGCUUAUCCUACCUUGGACUUAUAACUGGAGGUGAUGUUGAUGCAUCUAAUGGUGUCAUUCUUGGAGAGGGCAGUGAUGAUUUCGAGAAUUGUUUUUCUUUGGUCAAACAUGGAGCAUCUCUAGCAGUGAUUUGGGGCCAUAUCUCUGAUGAAGUUGUGAAGGCUGCUGAGGAGGAUUUGACUCUUCUAAGGGAUAAACUCCUAAAUAGUCAGACUAAGAAGUGGCAAGCAAUAGGAAUGCUACAAAAUAUACUUUCUUCAAGUGAUCAACCAUGGUUAUUGAAAAGACAUGCAAUCGAGUUCUUGUUAUGUAUUACAGAAAAAAACAGCACUGAAAACAGAAAUGGAGAUAUAGAUUGCCAGUUUUAUAUACCUGGUCUUUUUGCUACACUAAAGGCAAUUGAAAAGAUUGUCAUCUAUGCAUCAGAUGCAGAAGUAAGGAAGAAGGCCUUCACUGCAUUGAAAAGGGUACUUGCUAGCAUUCCAGCAUUUCAUAGGUUUGACCUUUUAAAGGCAUUGGUAACAAAUAAUAGAUUUCCUUCAAUGAUUGCAAUUCUUAUUGACCUUGUUAGAGCAGAGAUGGCCAUGGAAAAUCCUCAAAAAGUUCCACCAAGCUCACCAUUUUGGAGUCCUAAUGUGCUUGAAUUCAUAGAGUUGGUUUUGAAGCCUCCCAAGGGAGGUCCUCCAUCCCUCCCUGAGCAUAGUGAUGCGGUUUUAUCUGCUCUCAACCUCUACAGAUAUAUAUUGAUUAUGGAAUCAACAGGAAAAGCAAACUAUACAGGAGUGCUGGAUAACAAGGCCAUAAACAAAGCCUACACAGAGUGGCUUCUACCUCUACGGACACUAGUCACAGGAAUUACGGCAGAAAAUGAAAAAGACUAUGAUCAGCUUGCCAUUGACACAGUUUGUACCUUAAAUCCCAUUCAGUUGGUUUUAUACCGAUGUAUUGAACUUGUUGAAGAUGAAAUGAAACAUCCUGCUAAAUGUACCAACCAUUGAAAACUUGACCUAAGGAGCCUUUCCUUUUAAGAGUAAUAACUUAUACAUAAUUUUAUUGAAUUUACA